AUGCCCACGACGCGCCGCCUACUCUCCUCGCGGUGGUUCCGUACGCGCCGCUCCCCAAACCCUGAAGAGCUCGAUGACGUCCGACCCAGGACCCUCCCCAGGAGCGACAUGGACCGCAGACCACGAGUCUCCCGAGUCCUCAGCUCCCCGGCGAGAACACAACACCAAUCACAUCCACCCCUCGAUGAAGAAUCACUCGAGAGGGCCUACCCUUCCAUGGGCCACCUCGAGUACGUCCUCGCCGGAUCUUCGCCACCGGCAGAAAGCGCCCCUAAUAUGUACGACAGCUUCGAAGAACCACCUUUGGAUCUAACUGCGCAUAUUUGCAGCGACUCCUUACGUCAAAGUGCGCAUGAACAGAUGAGAGCGGUCGGAGGAAGGUUGCGGCUACUUGACGAAUUGGAAUCUGGUGUACUAACGGUGGAAUCUGCUUCGGAAACGUUCUCAACUGCUUCGGAAGCCGAAAAGAAUGUGUGUUUAUUCUGGGCGGCGUUCCUCAAGCUCGCUAAUUGGUUGCCGCCGCUGGUCGAGGCUGGCGCUAACCCGCUAUAUUACGACACCUUGGGACUCUCCCCCCUUCAUGUCGCAGCGUUCAGCGGAUCUACGGAAUGUGCAAAUUAUCUACUAUCCUGCGAAGUUGACCCCAAUUACAUGCCAAGAUGUUUCGCGCCACUCCAUUGCGCCGCUUUCGGUAAUUCCGUGCAAGUAGCUAAUUUGCUAAUCAGCCGCGGUGCGUCAGUCCACGCUGCGGUUAAAUACGUCAAUUGUGAAGGAGGUUUGCUACACUGUGCGGUCAGAGCCAACUCGGUAGAAUGUUUGAAGCUGUUUAUAUCGCAUGGUGUCGAUGUGAAUCAAAUUGAAUCGGGUGGUACCAAUGCUAUACACCUAGCUGCUGAUUUGGGAAUGAUUCAAUGUUUGACAAUACUUCUGGAGACGCCCGGUGCUGACCCUAAUGUGCGAACGAGAGUCGGAGAUAGAGAAUCGACGGCGUUACAUUUGGCGGCUGAUGGUGGUUUUAUAGAAUGCGUGGAUUUACUUCUCACAAAAGGCGCUGAUGCCAGUUUAAAAAACCACCGCGGUUUCACGGCUUUACAUUUGGCUGCCCGAUCGGCAAGUUUAGAAUGUGUGGAAUCUUUGCUAAGAAAAGGGAAUGCCAACCCUAACUCUAUGGAUUUUGAUAUGAGAACUCCGCUUCAUGCUGCUAUUGGAAAAUCUGACAGUGCGUGCGAUAUUAUAGAAACUUUGAUCAGUUGGGGAGCGAAUGUAAAUCAAAAGGAUGAAUAUGGCUUUACACCGCUGCACUUGGCUGCACUUGACGGGCUAUCUGCGUGCGUCGAGACAUUAAUCUAUCACGGCGCUGACGUAACCACGAGGUCUAAGAAAGGAAAUUCUGCACUUAAUGUAAUCGCUCGAAAGACACCUGCAUCUCUUGCGAUGAUAACGCGGAAGUUGGACUGCGCCAUCACACUCCACCAUUCCCAAAGCAGCAAUAGAGAAGUCGAGUUGGAACUAGACUUCAGAAGCAUUCUACAACAUUGCUAUCCUCGAGAAAUAAGUUAUCUCAACACGUUUGUGGAUGAAGGGCAAAAAGAGGUACUUCUGCAUCCAUUAUGUUCAGCGUUUCUUUACAUAAAAUGGGAGAAGAUACGUAAAUAUUACGUGGCCAGAUUAUUCUUGAGUUUCAUAUUCGUUCUUUGUCUCACACUGUACGUUUUGACAGCCCUCGCGCACAAUUGUUAUAAUGGAAGCAAGGAUAUGGAAGAGACGAUACAGGAGCAAGAACUAUGCCAAAAGCAAUCUAUUCUAGGAGAUUUGUUGAGAAAAAAUCCGUUUGUUAUUGAAAUGCAAUGGUGGGUGUUAGCCGGCAUCACGAUAUUUGAGAUCUUCAGGAAAGUUUACGGCAUCGCCGGUUACUCUACAGUCAAACAAUAUCUGAUGCAAUGUGAGAACAUUAUCGAAUGGUUCGUCAUUGUGAGCGUGUUCCUCAUUUCCUACAUUUACACAAACAUAACGUACACUUGGCAGAACCACGUGGGAGCGUUCGCUGUGCUGGCUGGUUGGACAAACUUGAUGAUGAUGAUUGGCCAACUCCCGGUCUUCGGCACCUACGUGGCUAUGUAUCAAAAAGUGCAAAAGGAAUUCGCAAAGUUACUAAUGGCCUACUCUUGCAUAUUAAUCGGUUUCACAAUAAGUUUCUGCGUCAUAUUUCCUGAUUCGUCAUCGUUCGCAAAUCCAUUCAUGGGUUUUAUAACUGUAUUGACAAUGAUGAUUGGAGAGUUGAACUUGGAUUUGCUAUUGAAUGAGCCGGAUGGCAACGAUCCGCCGGUGCUAUUGGAAUUCUCCGCGCAGAUAACGUACGUGCUAUUCUUGAUGUUCGUCACCGUCGUGCUCAUGAACCUGCUGGUCGGCAUCGCUGUCCAUGACAUUCAAGGCCUAAGAAAGACCGCAGGCUUGUCCAAGUUAGUUCGACAGACUAAAUUGAUUUCGUACAUGGAAAUGGCUUUGUUCAAUGGAUAUUUACCGAAAUGUCUCUUGAAAAUACUGCACUCAUCGGCUCUCGUUUCACCCCAAGCGUACAGAGUAGUAUUGAGUGUGAAACCUUUGAAUCCGAGCGAGAAACGGCUGCCGAGAGAUAUAAUGAUGGCGGCAUACGACAUAGCGAAGAUGAGGAAACAGUACGGGCACACGAUAUCGUCGAGCGGCUCAACAACGGGGGCGUACUCUUGUUUUAAAAAGUAUGAGAACAAUAACGACUCCAGCUACCGGGAGUACGGCUAUUCGUCUGGGCUGGGCAGUUUGCAAGUGAGAUUGGACGAGACGUCUGAAAACGUGCGCCAGUUGACUCAGGAAGUGAGGGAAUUAAAGAAGCUAAUAAGCGCCCAGCAGCUCGUGAUCCAACAAGCCCUGGCCGGCGCGAUGGACAACCGUUGAUGAUAUAAUGGCCGGCGGAGUCAUUUAGUUUCAAUGCCAGCGGUA